AUGGAAACUCCUACCACAUUAAGAAAUGCCAGCUUCACUCUUUUGAUUGUGUGGAUUCUAUGGAUACCUUUAAGCGCGUGUUCUGAGCAGUGUAGGCCUACAGUGUACGACCCAAAAGCCAUGAGAGAGAGGUAUGAAAGCUGGGUGGAACGGCACGGCCGAAGAUACAAGAAUAAAGACGAGUGGGAAUUGCGUUUUGGCAUUUACCAAUCAAAUGUCCAGUUCAUCAGCUCUAUCAAUUCCCAAAAUUUAUCAUUCCAGGUAACUGAUAAUAAAUUUGCAGACAUGACAAAUGCCGAGUUCAAAGCUACCUAUUUGGGAUUUCAAACCACGUGGCAUUCAAAGACAAACUUCAGCUAUGACAAAAUUGAGGAUUUGCCAAUUAGUGUGGAUUGGAGAGAGAAAGGUGCUGUUACUAGAAUUAAGGAUCAAGGCCAAUGCGGAAGUUGUUGGGCAUUCUCUGCAGUGGCAGCUGUGGAAGGUAUCAAUAAAAUCAAAACAGGAAAUUUGAUAUCUCUGUCAGAACAAGAGCUUGUGGACUGUGAUAGUGACUCGUAUAACGAAGGCUGCAAUGGUGGAUACAUGGACAAAGCAUUUGAGUUCAUCAAAAAGAAUGGUGGACUCACAAGAGAAAAUGAUUAUCCUUACAAAGGAUCAAAAGGCAAAUGCAACAAAACCAAAGAAAAAACGCAUUCAGUGACAAUAAGCAGCUAUGAGAGGGUACCUGUCAAUGAUGCGAAACGCCUACAAGCUGCAGUUGCUAAGCAACCUGUCUCUGUUGCCAUAGAUGCUGGUAGUUACGAAUUUCAAUUCUAUUCAGAAGGUAUCUUCACUGGCCAGUGUGGAAACCAACUCAAUCAUGGAGUCACAGCAGUAGGCUAUGGAGAAGAAGAUGAUGGUACAAGGUACUGGCUUGUGAAGAAUUCAUGGGGCACUGGCUGGGGUCAAUCUGGUUAUAUAAGAAUGAAGCGUGAUUCCAAAGAUAAGCAAGGAAUUUGUGGCAUUGCCAUGGAGGCUAGCUACCCUCUCAUGCAACAGAGGCCCAAAUCUCGAAUACUUGAGCCAGGCCUAAGCACACCGGCAUUGCUGCUUGAAUUCGAUCAAGCAAGCACUCUGAAUAAGACAAGUUCUGAAGUUCAUGCUGACCCAAAUAUUGGACCAUCACACAGGACAAUGGAUUUCAACUCCAACACCCUCUUUGAUCAUUGUAUGCAGAGAUGA